CCUGACUUGUGCUGUGGGAGACAGCAUCUUUCCUGUGGAUUCUUUGAAUCAGCAGGACAUCUACAGGACACCACCAGAUAAAGGGAGAUUAUCCCACUAUCUCAUCUGGGAUGAGAUGAGAAGCCAGCAGUCUUUCUGUUCUAAUUGAUUCCACAAAGAAUAUCGAAUGUCUACCAUAUACCAGGCACUGCCUUAAAUACUCAGGCUUCGCAGAAGAAUAAGAGAAGCUUUACUCUUCAAAUGCUCACUCUGUGAAGAGAAUCCAACAGCUCUCUCCCCAGCCUGCCUGCAUUAACUUGGGGACAAUGUGGGCCUGCGCACUGUGGAUGCUUCCUCUACUUUGCAAAUUCUCCCUAGCAGUUCUGCCAGCUAAGCCUGAGAAUAUUUCUUGCAUCUUGUAUUAUAUGAAAAAUUUUACUUGUACCUGGAGUCCAGAGGAAGAAGCCAGUUAUACAUGGUACAAAGUCAAGAGAACUUUCAUUUAUGGAAAAAGAAACGAUACUUGUAAUUCUACAAGUGAAAAUCGUGCUUCAUGCUCUUUUCUUCUUCAUAUAACAAAUAUAGAUAAUUAUACCAUUCAAGUGGAAGCUCAAAAUGCAGAUGGUAUAAUUGAAUCUGAUAUAACACAUUGGCGCUUAGAUGAUAUAAUGAAAAUCGAACCACCUAAUAUUCGCAGUGUGAAACCAGUUUUGGGCCUCAAACGAAUGGUUCAAAUAAAAUGGGAAAGGCCUUCGUUGGCACCUGUAUCAUCCACUUUAAACUACACGCUUCGAUUUAGAAUAGUAAACAGCGCCCGCUGGAUGGAAGUCAAUUUCACCAAAGAAGAUACCAAUAGCGAGCAAACAUACAACCUCACAGGGCUGCAGGCUUCUACAGACUAUGUCGUAGCUCUGCAAUGUGCAGCUAAGGGGUCACAGUUGUGGAGUGGCUGGAGCCAAGAAAAAAUGGGAACAACUGCGGAAGAAGCUCCACUUAGCCCGGAUCUGUGGAGAGUCCUGAGACCAGCCAAAGUGGAUGGAAGAAGGACAGUAAAGCUGUUGUGGAAGAAGGCACAAGGAGCCCCAGCCCUAGAAAAAACACUUGGCUACAACAUAUGGUACUUUCCAGAAAACAACACUAACCUCACAGUGACAGUGAACACCACUAACCAGCAGCUUGAACUGUAUCUGGAAGACAAGACCUAUUGGGUGUCUGCGAUUUCUUAUAAUUCUCUUGGAGAGUCUCCAGUGGCUACCCUGAGGAUCCCGGCGAUUGAUGAAAAGUCAUUCCAGUGCAUUGAGGCCAUGCAGGCCUGCCUCACUCAGGACCAGCUAGUGGUGGAGUGGCAAAGCUCCAUUCCGGAGGUGGACUCAUGGAUGGUUGAGUGGUUUCCAGAUUUGGAUGCAGAGCCCUCCACCUUUUCCUGGGAAUCUGUGUCUUGGGCCAGGAACUGGACAAUCCAGCAAGACAAAUUAAAACCUUUCUGGUGCUAUAACAUCUCUGUGUAUCCAAUGCUGCAGGACCGAGUGGGCCAGCCAUAUUCCAUCCAGGCUUAUGUCGAAGAAGGCGUUCCAUCAACAGGUCCUGUGACCAAGGCAGAGAACAUUGGCGUGAAAACAGUCACAAUCAUGUGGAAAGAGAUUCCCAAAAGACAGAGAAAUGGUUUCAUCAGCAACUAUACCAUAUUUUACCAAGCCGAGGAUGGAAAGCAAUUCUCCAAGACAGUCGACUCCAGCAUCCUGCAGUAUGGCCUGGAAUCCCUGACACGAAAGACCUCUUACACUGUUCAGGUCAUGGCCAGUACCCGUGCUGGGGGAACCAACGGCACCAGAAUAAACUUCAAGACAUUGUCAAUUAGUGUCUUUGAGAUUUGCCUUAUAACUUCUCUGGUUGGAGGAGGCCUACUUAUUCUCAUCAUCCUGACGGUGGCAUAUGGUCUGAAAAAACCCAACAAUUUGAAGCACCUCUGUUGGCCUGAUGUCCCCAACCCUGCUAAAAGCAGUAUAGCCACAUGGCAGGAAGAUGAUUUCAAGGAUAAGCUAAAUCUGAAUGAGUUUGAUGAGUCUCUGAACACGGAAGAAGACAGGAUUCUAAAACUAUGUUCUGCCCCUAAAGACUUUAUUGACAAGUUGGUGGUGAACUUUGAGAAUUUUCUAGAAGAGGUUUCCACAGAGGAAUCUGGAAAGGCUCAGGAAAACAUUUUGGCGGGGGAAAAGAAUGAAUACGUGACCUCCCCCUACAGGCCUUAUUGUCCCCCCGAGGAGACUUUCGUGGAGCCCCCCAUUUCAACCGAGAUUCCAUACAGAAAAUUCCAACACCUGUAUUCUGGAAUGCUAGAGGAAACCUUCUCAGAAGCUGAAGAGCUUGUCUAUUCUGCUCAAAACUUAGGGCCAGAUUAUCUCUGUGAGGAAGACGCACCAACUCCAUAUUUGAAAAAUUCGGUGGUAUCCAGAGAAUUUCUCAUGUCUGAAGAACUUCCAGACCAAACCAAGAGAGAAGUCUAGAUGCCACCAUGGCUGGAAUCCCUCUGUGUCUCAGUGUGGGUGACUCUUGCAGAGACCGUGAUAUCACAACUUGGACAGAAGAGCUUCCUUGGUCUUCUCCCCAUCCUGCUUGUGUUAGAGAAAAUCACUCAUGCCCCUGAACGGCUAGUUGAGCUUGGUUAGCACAGACAUGUAACUUGCCUGAGAAGAAUAAGGAAUGGUGAUAAACCUGCGCGCUUUGCACAGGAAAAGCAGUUUAUUUUCUUUUGUUCAGAUAACAAACUCUCACUGAGGCCUCUGACUGAUUAACUUGGGGGACAGUGGACCCCCUGCAGUGGAUGUAUCUGGCCUUCCCAAUGAAUUGGGUCACGGUCACAGCCUUUGCUGGGGCUACUCUUCAGAGUUCCAUCAGAGACUUUCCCCGUUGCCAGAGGACAGUUGUUUAGGUGGCACUUGGGCAGUCUGAUGGGAGGGGAGAGCCUCUCUCCCUUCACCUUGAUCUCCUCUGAGCUCCCAGACUCCCCCUUUGAACUCAAAUCUUACUCUGAAAUCUUACCCUGAAAUCUUACUCGUGAGAUUAUGUUUCUCCAUGAACAUAUGGCAGGAAGUGGAGUGGCCUGCGGUUCCUCAUUACCCUCAUUAAAUCUCAAGUGUCGCAGCAGCACCCCCACCCGCUAGGAGCUCUUGCUCCUAGUUCAUAGCACACUGGCUGCUGGUAAAUGCAGCACUGAGGGAGGGCCUCCGCAGGGUGCUGGGGAAUGGACUGCAAACUGGGCCAGCAGAUCGGACCCCCUCUCCAGAUCGUUGCCCAGCCCUGCAAAUAGUUCCUGGAGGGAGGCCCUAUCUGCCCCUCUGUCUUGUACCCAAAGUUGGAGGAGAAAGGCACCAACACAGCAGUGGUUUCCAUACUUGUACCUUACGAUGACUCAGAGCCCAGGAAUGCUGAAUGAACACACUCUUCAAAGGCAUUCCCCAGAAGCACCUGAGCAGCACCUGGGAACAUGCAAUGAUUAGCGACUUUGCUGCUCCAACACCAGAGCUCCCCUGCCUUUGCCUGAGCUGAGCACAGAGCUUAUGACAAUCAGUGGAGCCGUUAGCCUAAGUGCUGACGGCAGGAUUCAGCUGCCUGAGACCCAGGAACUUAGGAGUGGCACUGGGCUUGUACCCUGACCACAGUGAUGUCAGAUGCCUUCCUAAUGUGUGGCUGUGACUCAUCUGGCCACUGGGGGAGGUUGUUGAGAACCUGAUGAGAUGGGAGAGGCCAGGCAAUGAGUGAUGGAUGGCCAAGGUGCCACGCCAGAAAGGCUGAUGGUAGCUUUUUCUAGGAGAGGUUGAGAAGUCAGUACUUGUAUAACAGGCAUGAACUUCACAGGCCACCAGCUCUACUGUGCAAAAACAUUGCUUUACUUUCCUAUAACUAAAAUUUCGAGCCCAGGCCCCUGACACUUUGAAGUAACUACAGCCCAAUUUGGUGACGGCUGCAUCCUGACCGUGGGCACACACAGGUGGGGCUGCUCUCCCUCGUCUGCAGCACCCCCAUCCCCCAUGAAUUCUUCACUCCUAGUUUAUAGAACAGUGACUACUGAUAAAUCAAGGAAAGAGGAAGGCCUGGGGCAGGGCACUGGGGAACGGCCCCUUUGUCUUGGGAGUAGAAAGGGACCAAACAGAAGGUACACACUGGUUCCCGGCUGUGUUGAGCUCCCUACCCUGAUAUCCACCGGCCCACUGUUGUGACUUGGGCACUUCUAUGAGAUUGUGUCCCCCAGAGUUCCAGAUGGGCCCUUUCCACUGCUGCUGUUGGAUUUGUGAACUUAUAGAGAGGUUCUAGCCUUGUGCCCACACUGUUCUUCUCUUUCCUCUGACCCUCUGCCUACCUGCAGCUGAGGGAUCUUCUCAAAUUCUGUAUGAGGUGGGUGGUGGGGGAGGGAGUGCCUGGAAUGUGUGCUAAUCUUGUCUGUCUCACACCUGGAUGAGGCUUUUGAAGCUAAAAUCCAAGAAUGUGAUGGCUUGGCAGGAAGAAGGGGUCCCAAAGGCUCCUGUGAGUGGGUUUCAGAGAUGAAGCUGUUACCCUCUGCUCUCCUUCCCUUAAUCUUUCAUUAAAGCCUGCCGUGUCUUCUGACGGAUGGUUUGUGAGUGCCACACUCCUGGCCCUUCCUGUUUCAUUUCUUCUUCCCUUUUCUCGCUUUCCUUCCUGCCUCCCGUCUUCUGCUUUUUCCCCACCACACCCAGCAGCUUCUCAUCUUUUUAACUCUUCCUUUUUUUCAUUUAUUUUUUCCCUCUUCCCAUCAGCCUCCUUUGAUCAUUUUCCAUAUUUACUUUGCUGUCUUUGAGGGCUGGGAAACUGGGGCUCUGUUUUGUUCUAGAGGGAUGGACAGAAGUAGCUUCACAGGAGUCAGCGUUUCCUGCCAGUAAGAGGAGCAGUUUUCCCAGGAACUCAGAAGCUCGUUCAGCAGCCACACACUGCUCUUUAGAGCAGAUUCACAGGACACAAGCCUAAAGGCUCAGAAGUCACUGGUGACCUUCCUCUCCUGGGAUCGAGUCACGAACUGUCCCCAUUCCUGGCAUCCUGGGUUGCGUCUGUGGCCGGAGAAGGCCAUCUGCAUUCUUUCUGUUACUGUCAAAGAGCCAUCAGAGGACACAAACAGGAAAACUUGUGUUUUUGCAAGAUAAUUACAAACUGAUAAAAUUCCCGUAAGUUUUCUGGGGCUCUGGGAACUAUGCAAACAGCUACGUGAGUGCCCUAUGGAUGGCCUGUUUUGUUUUUUUUUACAACAAUAUCAUAAAAUUUAAAAGAGCAGCAGAGACUCCAGUCUGUGGAUUAAAAAAGGUGAUACCUUCAUUCUGGUUUCUCAGGAGGCAGCAGUAAAACAGUAAAAACAUUAUGCAGGGGGCUUUUGAAAGAGGCAGGAGAUGGGGAGAGGUGAGAAAGGAGAGGCUCCUUUCUCAGCAUGGAUCCCAGUGAACUGCUGCUGCCUCCCGCUGUGUGGGGAAAGCCUGUCUGCCUGCUGACUGUGUCAAGGGAAUCUGUCCCCCUUUCCAGCCGUCCUUAGUUACUUCUGCUGCUGCAGCCGAGCUCCAGCCAAGGGUUCAGCAAAUCGGCCCUCGGGCCAAAUCUGGGCCCUGUUUUGUAGCGCCCAUGAGCCAAAAAAACAAAAUCAAAGGGAGAAUAAUGUUUAAAGACAUGUGAAAAUUCUAUGGAAUUCCAAUUUCAGUGUCUAUAAAUGAAGCUUAAUCGGACCACAGCCCACAGUUUACACAUCAUCUAUCACUGCUGUCCCCCACAAAGGCAGAACUGAGUAGUUGUGACGGAGGGUUUCUCUCCUACAAAGCCCCAAAUGUUCACCAUCUGGCCCUUUACCAAAACAGUUUGCUGUCCCCUGUGUAACCCACAGACAUGAGGCUCUUACUGCACUGUGGUGGCCCACGAAGUGUUUUAACAUUGAAUUAGCUGGCAUCCAAUGGGUAGAAACCAGCAAUACUGGUGAUUAGCCUACAAGACACAUAACAGCCCCCCAGACAAAGAAUUAUUUGUCCCAAAUUGCCAGUAGUGUGAGGUUGAGAAAUCCUGGCUGAAUUAACCUCUGUCCUGGACGCACAGCACGUUCCGUGGGUGAGUCAGCAUCCAUAGAUAGAUGGCUCUAGGUGUCCCUCUGUUUUAUUAUUUAUUUUUUUUGGUAAGUUUAAAAUUUGUUUUGGACUCAACUUUGCAAAACUUCGAAAUAGCAAUUACUUAUGCCAUUUUCAAUUUAUUACGGCUAUGAUCUGUGUGUAUUUAUAUACAUUUCCAUCGAAUUGCAAGUUACAUUUUAUUUUUAUUGUGUUUCACUUAUUUCACAUAUAAAAUCCCAUGCAUGAACAUUGUUUAUAAUGGUAGCAUUUUGAAUGGCCACUCAGAACUCCACAGCGUGCCUGUAUAUUGUGGUUUGCUGAGGCACCCUGAGUUGAUAGGAUUGUUUUCAAUGUCCUCCUCAUACAGAGAGCAACUUAGAUAAACAGUUUUGUACAAAAUUUUCUUUUCUCAUCUUUGUCCUAAUUCCUUGGGGCUCUUCCCAAAGGUGGAUUUCCUGGAUCAGAGUUUUACAGUUAUUAUCACAUAUUGCAAAACUGCCCCCCAAAAGGCUAAGCUCAUUUGCAGUAAAACCAGAGAUGUCUGAGACAUCCUUUGUCCUUUUCCACUGAUAAUCAGGUGUUUACUGCUGUAACCGGAUUUUGUUCAUUUAUGGGGGUAAUGAAACUUCGUAGCUAUCUGUGCUGCUUAAAUCAUUGUGAAGCUAAUCAUUGUGUAUUUUUCUCUCUGCAUGUCUGCCUGUUGACAUUACAGAAGCUUUUACUUCUAAGCUCCCGGGGGCAUUAAGAGACCCGCUGCUAGAAGUUAGAGGCACUCAGCAGGGUUUUAGAACAAUUGGUGAACUUAUUUGGUUGACUGUUUAAAAUAUGUGGGUUUUGCAGGGCAGUUUAAAAGAAAAUUUCACACGGAUGUACUUUGUUAAUUAUUUUAUGUAAAUGUUAAUUAGCGACAAGGCUUCUUUGUAAUCAAAGUGUGUGGUGUUCUGUGUCUUGCACAGAAUGGGGGCAGGAAGAACAGAGUAUGACAAAGGUGUGACAAAAGGUCAUCAGCAGUCCUUGCUCCCUCUGCAGCUUUUACCAGACACUGGGGUCAGGAGGGAGUUUUCUCAGAAGCACAAACAGCCCCUCAUUAUGUUUGCAAAAGCCUUGAGGCCACCUUUACCCUCAGCACUGAGCUCCGUCCUGUCCCAGAUGCCUGCCUGUGCUGGUGAGAAGGGGGUGGGAGGCGAGGGGAGUAGCUGCAGGAGAGCACAGAGCCAGCAGUCAGCAAGCCUCAGGUGGUUGAUCCUGGGAGUGAAUCUAGAUGCAUGUACUGCUGACUGCACAUGAAGGAAUGGAAUUCUCUGUCCUGCCCAACUUCACUCUAUGUGUGAGGUGAAACACCAGGAAUGUAUCCUGAGACCUGGACUUUGAAAUACAAAUCAAAAUGUGCAAACCAGACUGGACAUGCAGGAUAUUCCGAAUGAUUAUCACAACGAGGAGGACAACCCAGGGAACCAUCUCUGUAGGUCGAGCAUGUUACCUUUCCCGUGUAUUGUUCAAACACGUCACGCAAUAUGGAAUGCCUGUGCAUGAAAGUCCUGUACUCUAAAGUAGAAUAUGGAAAUAUGGUUACUGUGAUGGGAAUCGCCUUUAAAACGCUUUAUUAU